UCUGCGAAUUACUGCGGCCUUCUUAAUGGGAUGGCCCGAGUGAUCUGCGCUGCGUGCUAAAUCAAAUCGGAGUGAGUAGUACGGCAAAUUGAAAGCAUGUGAGUGCGAUUUCAGCUCGGCCAUCAGCCUGAUUUGGAAGUCAAUUUUGAGAAGAGUGUGACACAGCUUAGAGAGGACGCGGUUGGUAGGCUAUGGGAGACAGCAAAUCUCUUCUUUCGUCGCGUGUUUCUAAAUGUCUGUUGCAAGACUUCAUGCCAUCUAUUACGUCCACACUUCACUUCAGACGUUAGUGUUUAUUGUAGCAUGUGUUGUAAUAUAUCUGCCAUCUGGAUACUAUGAUAACUGCAACUAAUGAAAAAUAUGGAGUAAUUAGCAUCGAGAUACCAGGAGCUUGGAGGAGAAGUUGCGUAAUCAACGCCAGAAGCGUGAAACUGAAUUUAGCUUUGUUUGCAUUCAUUACUUCUGUGUUUUAGCUUCCGUGAAAAGGUCUGCAGUGGUGUAGUAACAUAUUUCAAAAUUUGAUUUUCAAGGUGGAUAACACGUUCUGUACUUGAGAGAAAAGUAAAAUAAAAGUCAAAAUGGAUCCUCGUAUUGGACUUAUUUUUGAUGGGAUCAUCAGCGCAUGUCGCACAGGAUGGCGACGACUGGUUCGACAUCGAGCCGAAGAUACGAUCCCCAUCAUCAGCUGCGAUGGUGGUCGAGAUCUUGAUCACACCGAUGAAGACGGAGUCAGUACCCAACGAAAAUCAUGGUUUCGAUUGGCACGACUUAGUGGUACGGUGUGCGGCAUCGAGUUCUGCUACGCCGCCGAAACGGCCUUCGUGUCGCCGAUCCUUCUCAAAAUCGGUAUUCCACAGAGAUUCAUGACGAUGAUAUGGUGUUUAAGUCCCUUGAUCGGGUUUUUCGUCAUGCCACUCUUAGGUUCAGCAAGUGACCGUUGUUCCUCUAGACUUGGUCGUAGACGUCCUUUCAUUUUGCUGCUCUCCGCCGUCAUCUUCAUCGGUCUCCUUUUGGUCCCCAACGGAUAUAGGUUUGGCCUCACGGUAUGUGGACACCACGAAUCCUCGGCGUCGUCGUCGUCAUCAUCACUUUCAUAUGGGAAUUACUCAGAGGAAAACCCAAUGAUACAUGACUUCGGGACCACCGUCAGUAAUUCCCUGGAAGAAACAGCUUUGGUGACAUCAUCCUACUCUUUCCAGAAUCAUGAUCAAUCUUCCUACGGUGAUUCCCCGACAACGGAAGGCAUCUUUGAUAAUACGACAUGGGAGGCGACCACUCCCUGGACGGAGACCGGGCAUAUCGUGGCUGGCCACGCCUGUGGUGUUAUCUUUACCAUUCUGGGUGUGGCUUUCCUCGACUUCAGCUGUGACGCCUGCCAAUCACCAAGCCGCGCCUAUUUGAUUGACGUGACACACCCAUCAGAUCACACACGUGGACUUGCUACCUUCAGCUUCAUGGCUGGGUUCGGAGGCGCUGCGGGAUACCUCAUUGGGGGAAUCCCAUGGGGUAAAAGUUCCAUAUGGGCUGUUGUAGGUUCACAUGUCAGAUAUGUAUUCGGUUUAAUCACGAUCAUCUUCGUAGUGGCUCUCUUCAUCACUGUGACCGCCGAGAGAGAACAGACCCUGGCAGAGAUCAACCCUAUCGAAUCAAAACGGCGUCGAAAACGAGAAGGAACGUACGGUGGCAUGGACGACGAGGACGAGGAAGUGGAGCUCGGAGUCAUCGAACAGAGGAAGAAGAACUACGGCUCACAACAGACGGACAUCGUCCCUACGACAACGGCGGACAUCGUCUCUGAGGGGACUGUUGCAAAACCGGAAGCAGAGGGGCAGCUUCCGGUCGAAGCAGGGAAGGAGGAUGUCCCGAAUGGUGUUAACGGGGCAAGGUCAAAGGUCAAGGGUAGAGACGAAAGCGAUGGGAAGAUGGGAAUGUACCAGGCGUUGCCUGAGCCAUCUUCUACCAAGGAUUUCAUCAAUGGCGAACCGCCGGAGGAGGCGGCUACCAUGGGAACGUACCUCCUUUCUAUUGUCUUCAUGCCCCCAUCUCUUCGUAUCCUCUGCUUCACACAUCUUCUAGGUUGGAUGUCUCUUCUCUGUUACUCGCUUUACUUUACAGACUUCAUGGGGCAGGAGGUGUACGGUGGAGACCCGAUCGCCCCGGCUGGUUCCCAGGCCAGACAGAUCUACUCGGAUGGGGUAAGGAAGGGGUCCUAUGCCAUGGCUCUCUACUCCAUUACCUGUUCCAUCACAUCGCUCUGUACAGAGUGGCUUAUCAGGAAAAUAGGUGCCAAGUGGGUCUAUGUUGGUAACCAAGCAAUCUACUGCGUUAGUAUGGCUCUGAUGGCGGCUAUACGAACUCCUUGGGCAGCCUUCCUCUUCUCGGCUACAGCAGGCAUCGAAUACUCCACUCUCUUCACGCUACCGUUCAUCCUCUUAGCAAAUUAUCACUCUACAGAUACAUUCUAUAAAACGAAGAGCGCCACCCUCGACGAGGAUGAGUCCGAUGACGAGGACAUCACUGAGAGCAGUAGCAGUAAACAUGCGAAGCAAGUCAUACGGGGAAUCGGCACCGAUGUCGCCCUCCUCCAGAGUAUGGUGUUCGUAGCUCAGUUCUUCCUCUCCCUCUGUAUGGGGAGUAUCGUCCACGCCGUGGGAAACACGACAGCUAUAGUCGUCGCCGCAUCCGUGUUGAGUGGGCUAGGGGCGCUAGCAGCUACCCAGGUCCUAUACGCGGGCUUAUGAUAGAGUCAUACCUAUACAGUCACUAUGAACAUGACGGACAAAGAAAGCGGACAAAA